UUCCCGCCCCUCCCCACGGCUUCCGUUUCCGGUUCGGGCGCCCUCCUCGGCUGUAAGGAUGAUCGGAGACAUCCUGCUGUUUGGGACGCUGCUGAUGAACGCCGGGGCUGUUCUCAACUUUAAACUGAAAAAGAAGGACACACAAGGCUUCGGGGAGGAGUCGAGGGAACCCAGCACAGGAGACAACAUCCGGGAGUUCUUACUGAGCCUGCGUUACUUCCGGAUCUUCAUCGCCCUGUGGAAUGUGUUCAUGAUGCUCUGCAUGAUUGUACUGUUCGGCUCCUGAGAACCCAGAUAGAGCUCACUGGCUGUCUAGGCUCUGUUUCUGUUUCUGAUGAUUUCAAGAAUGUUUCUCACCGGAAAACCAGGGACUUUCCCAGAAGGCUCAAGUUCAUCUGGGUGGAGAAGGCCCACUUCCCAGCCACCUGACCCUCAUCAGCCAUGGUUCCAGCUCUGCUCUGAGAUUUCAGGACAAAGUCAUGCUCCCGUAGGAGAAAGACACACCUAAUCUUUCAUUUGUCCUGGCAUCCCACCUCUCCCAGCAUCUCAGAAGCCUGUCCUGGCUGCUGGAUUGACUUGUUAGGGGUUGCUUUGGUUUGAUUUGUACGGAUUGUUAUCAAUCAGUGGGGCAUGAACUGGGGGCAGGGCUGACUGUGACAGGGAGCAGCUGCUUUUGCACUGCAGGGCCAUGCUGGGGCCAGCGAAGUCUUGCUUCCAAAUGCUCCCCCCAACCCCAUGACAGGGUCCACCUGGGGCAGCUGAAGUCACCCCAGGACUUGAAAGAGUCCUGCCCCAAGGACACCAGCGUCCUCUUUAGGCCCUAAGCUGAUAGCCUGUAGGGCCUGGGUGACUUGUUUGGCUUCUCUGGAAGAGUUGCUGGUGGUGACAAGUGAGCAGACACCUUGCUGUACUUUCAAGCUGAUUGUUAAUAAAGUGACUUUGGGGCCACCUCUCCAUCACUGCUUGGUGGCCAUGACAUUAUUGCUUGUGAUAUUGGCAGUAUACUCCGAAGGCUCAUGUUUCCGAGUCUGUUUGAGUGAGGUGAGCUCAAUGCUGAAAUGCAGGAGAUCCAGAGGUCACCAUGCCAUCGGUGCUGAGAUGAGGGACCAGCUAAGAGGCUAAGAGGAGGUAUUUGAGGGCAGCCGCAGCUGGCUCGCUAGGGAAGUUUUCAUUUUGGUUUGUUUUUGCUGAUUUUUUUUUUUAUUUGGUUUGUUUUUUG